AAUGAAAAAGUAGUGUUGUUACAUGGUUACUAUUAUUUCAAAUAAACAUAUCUGUUCAACAACAUUAAAAAACCCAAUAAAGUUUCUGGUUUUGUGUUUAUUAGGGAAGUAUCAGUUGUUUUUGGUCCUUGAACCAGUUCAAACCCACGAUGUGAGUCAGUGUUCUAUGAACACAAAUAGUCUAAAGAUGUACUUUUCCUCUAAGUAAAGUUUGAGUUCUUGUUUUGAAUAGAGGAAUGAUGACUUUUGCCUUGUUAAAGAAUGCUUGGUGAAGCCGCUGUCUUAAAUUCCACAUGGGGUUAUAAAUGUGGUGCCUAGAAGCAGCUGUUCUGACACACUGAGGAGUACAUGACAAGACCAUUCAUUGUGCAAAUUAAUGUUUUUCACCAGGAGGUUUCUGUCGAGGUGCAAGUGCCAGAGCAAAAUGGUGGCUUUUAAGGGGAUCUGGACCAAGAAGUUCUGGAGGGCCGUUUCUGGAGAAUACGUGGCUACCUUCAUUUUCGUCCUUCUCGGAAUCGGCUCAACGAUUAACUGGGGUGCCAAGGAGGAGAAGCCUCCACCGGCUGACCUUGUCUUAAUCUCUCUGGGUUUCGGCCUGACCAUUGCCACCAUGGUACAGUGUUUUGGCCACAUCAGCGGGGGACACAUUAACCCGGCGGUCACCGCAGCUAUGGUUGUAACAAGGAAAAUAAGCUUGGCCAAGUCCUUGUUUUAUGUGCUGGCUCAGUGCCUGGGAGCUGUCACAGGAGCUGGCAUCCUGUACCUUGUCACCCCUGCAGAUUUUAGAGGAAAUCUCGGCGUGACUACAGUGAGCUCUACCAUCUCAAUAGGACACGCCUUUCUGGUGGAGCUGAUUAUAACCUUUGAGCUCGUCUUCACCAUCUUUGCCACCUGUGAUCCCAAUCGCACAGACCUCGGAGGCUCAGCCGGCCUUGCCAUUGGUUUUGCUGUAGCCAUUGGUCACUUGUUUGCGAUCCCUUAUACAGGCGCCAGCAUGAACCCUGCUCGGUCAUUCGGUCCUGCCCUGGUGACACUUAACUUUGAGAACCACUGGGUGUACUGGGUGGGACCCAUUCUGGGGUCCGUUCUCGCUGCUGGCCUCUAUGAGUACUUGUACUGCCCGGACCCGGGGAUAAAGAAGAGGCUGAAGCAGGUCUUCCAGAAGGACAUGUCAGGGAGAUACAAGGAAGUGGAUGUGGGAGAGGCAGAGGAUCUUACAUUCAAGCCGGGUUCCGUCCAUGCCAUCGAUCAGGAGAAAGCAGAAAGGAAAGAUCCCUUUCAGAAGUUCACAGGAGAAGUGUUGUCCUCCGCAUGACUGUCACGUGCACUGGAAAUAGAGACCAAUCUGUAGAGCAGAGUAACUUUGGAGUUUGGAGCCUGUGCCCCUCUGUAGAUUUCACCUCAGACCUGAAUUACCCUCAUUAACCAAAGUGGUUCCUCCCACGAACAUCUACCAUCUCUCAAAAACCCUGAAUUAUGUUGUUGUGUGCAGACAUCGUGCACAGCAGAAUGAUGGCUGUCGGUGGUUUAUGUUAAGGAAAUAAAGGAAAGGUCAACCAAUUAUGACAGGUCAUCCUGCUAAACUGAAGAAGAAUUUGCACCCUUGUUAUUUUUGGAUUAGUGUCACAUUUGGUCCAUGUGCUGCAUAUGUAGUAAAGAAAUUGUCCAUGUGAUUAUGAAGCAUGUUACAGCUUGUCUGCAGUGUGAGUCACCUCUGUUAGAGUUGUCUUACGCUGGCCUCUAUUUUCAGUGCACUAGAUGGGUGAACUUUCAUUUUUAUGGCAACAUCUGAGCUUCUGUAGUCGAUGUCCAGAUGAUUCUUGAAGCUACAUAGCAGGGAUCACAAACUUGUAGUCCGAGGGCAGGAUGAGACCCGUGUGCUGUUGCGUGUCUUAUCAGGUAUCGUUGAAUAUCACGUUUUUCAUUCUAUGUGUCAUUUUUUUUUUCUCAAGAUUACGGUGAAUAGCGGGUUUUGUUGAUAGACCUGCCCAGUACGACCCAAGUUCACACCUGCAGCACCACUCAGUCUGGAAUUGUAUCUAAUGUACGGUGCAUUUAUUCAAUGUAAAAUUCCCAGAUUGACUCUAGUUGUGUUGUGGAUAAAAUUAUGUUUCCUAGGCAAGAAAAUGUAGUUUGAAAAUGAUGCUUUUUUUUCCCCCUAAUACAAUAUUGAUCUUUUUAUCAAGCUAGAAUUCUUGUAACACACAUUAAAAAAAAAAAAAAAAAAAAUCAU